UCCUUUCAAUUAUGCAUCACUAACAAAUUACAACCUAGCCAAUAAUACUAACUUCACCUAUUCACAAAUAUAUCACUAUGGCUAACUCCAAAACCCUAUUAUGCCUAACCUUCUUCACAACCUUUCUCUUUUCUUCCUUUGUUAACGCCACUUACUACCAAAAUAUUUCUCCAUCAUACCUUGGUUUCAAACAAGAGAAACUCACUCACAUCCAUUUUUUCUUGCAUGACAUCGUUUCUGGCCCAAAGCCUACCGUAGUCAUAUCAGCUGAAUCACCCUUAAACGGUAAAUCCAAAUCACCCUUACCAUUUGGCUCCAUAGUGGUUUUGGAGGACCCAUUAACCGUUGGACCUGACCUUAAAUCUACACAAAUUGGAAAAGCACAAGGUUUUUACCUAACAGUGUCUCAAGAAGCUGUGCUUGAAUUGGAACUUGUUAUGGGCAUGACCUUUGCGUUUACGGAAGGAAAAUUCAACGGUAGCACGCUUAGUGUGUUAGGGCGCAACACAAUUGGUGCCCCUAUUAGGGAAAUGCCAAUUAUUGGCGGAACCGGGGAAUUUAGAUUCGCACGUGGCUUUAUUCAGGCAAAAACUCACACGGUUGAUUUACAUAUAGGUGAUGCUCACGUGGAAUAUAAUGUUUAUGUGUUUCAUUAUCCUUCCACGUCAGUAUCUGAAGAAGUUUUUGCAGACGGAAGUCGAUUCAUGACUGAAUCUAUGCUUGGCAAAAUAUAGAUUUUCUAAGGUGAAAACUUAAGUACAAUAUAUACUAUGAAUAAUGUUUGUGCUUGGUGUUAUUCUUCGAUCAUAGCAUAUGACAUGUGUCUAUGCUGUGAUUGAAAAUACCGCCCAAGACUUUUUCGGUAUGGUAUUUAAGUUUUUCUUCGAUUUUUAUUAAAUCUUUAGUUAUUAAGCUAUAUAUAUUUUUCACUCUUGUAGUUUAAUAUCUAGACUUGUUUUGUGUGUUAAAAUUUAAAUUUGUACGCUUGUAUCAUGAUAGCCUUUAUAUUUACUGAAAUAUAAGGUGAUGCAAGUUUUAUAAAUUUAUAACACAAAACUAAGUUUGAAAACUAGACUACAAGUGGAGAAUAAUUCCAAAGACUAAGUUAAAAUUGUAAAAAAUGAAUAAACAUGUUUGUCUUAUAUAUCCUAGUUUUUUUUUUUUUUUAAUAUAAGCUGCAUGUGUGCUAAAUAAUGUGCCGGCAAAUAUUUUAUACUAUGAGAUGUUUAUGGUUGUUUGUUUGUAAUUGAAGUCGGGGAAAUCAAUGGUAACGAUGUAAGAUGUGUGAGUCAUGUGAGUAAAAUGAAGAUGUGCAAUUUGUAACAUUUCACUUUGAAUAUAUACAUCUAUAGAAAAAAGAGGAAUUAAAGUCCA